AUGGCGAAGGUGCUUAAGAUUUGCAAGGAAUCUGAAGAUGACAAUUCUAAGGCAGUUGCAUUUGCAGCAAAACUUGGUGUGAAAUUGACAACAGAAGAGAAGGAUCUACGUGGCAAAAACUUGCUCAAGGUUAUGAUGAGGAAAUGGCUGCCAGCUGGUGAUGCUCUACUUCAGAUGAUAGUAAUUCAUCUGCCUUCUCCAGUAACGGCCCAGAAAUACAGAACUGAGCUCUUGUAUGAAGGUCCUCUAGAUGACCUUUGUGCUACAGGUGUAAAAUCUUGUGACCCCAAAGGGAGAGCUGAUGAUGUACAUCUCAAAGAUGGUACCCACAUCAGACAAGGGACGAUUUUAUGCUUUUGGACGUGUUUUCUCUGGUACCGUUUCUACUGGACAGAAGGUGCGUAUCAUGGGCCCCAACUACAAGCCAGGCAAGAAGGAAGACUUGUAUGAGAAGAGUAUUC